AUGUUUCGCCGUAUAGUGGAAGAUAUCUCAACCGGGUCAGAUUCAGAUUACUCCAAUUCGGUACAGUGGUUUUCCCCAUGUCCGCCACGCUGCAUUGACCGCGUUUUGCAGUGGAUAUCAUGGUUCUUGUCGUCCAAAGGCAACGAAUACUUCUGCGAAGUGGAGGAGGAUUACAUUCUCGACCGAUUCAACCUCACAGGCCUUAACACCGAGGUUCAACACUAUUCCCAAGCACUGGAUCUCAUCACAGAUAACCUCGAUGACGAGAUUCAGGACGAGUUCAGAGGUACCCUCGACGUACAAGCGCGUCUCCUGUAUGGAAUGAUUCAUGCGAGGUGGAUUGUGACAGCUCGUGGUCUAGCUAAGAUGCUCGACAAAUACAAGAAGGCAGAUUUCGGUCGUUGCCCGCGCGUGCUUUGCCAGUCACAACCACUGCUUCCAGUAGGACUGACUGACAUUCCGUAUGAGAAAUCUGUAAAGCUGUACUGUGGCCGAUGCGAAGAUAUCUACUCACCAAAGUCCUCGCGUCAUGGUUCAAUUGACGGGGCGUACUUUGGCACCUCCUUCCCCCAUCUACUCUUCCUUGUCUAUCCCAGUCUAAUACCUCCGAAGAGUGGCCCCGUCGAUUUCGCGCCAGCCAUGCGUGCGGGGGGUGAUGUUGAAGGGAACAGAAGAAGCAGGCGAAUGCGCGAAGAGCAGGAGCCUCUUGUGGAGUGUGUAGGGGCAGAUUUCAGCACGGCGAGUGCCGCUCUCAAGGCAGACCGUUAUCGACCUAGGAUUUUUGGAUUUCAAGUAAACGAGAUCGCGAAGUUGCAGAGAUGGCAAGAAGCGGUGAGAGAUAGACAGAUUGCCCGACUUGAAGACUUGGAGGAAAACGUGUGA